CGUGGUCUGGGUCUGGUCUGUAAACACCGCGGGCUUGUAGCGGGGUGCGGGCGCGCCCACGUUGCGUGUCCACUCGGCUCGCUGGGCGUGAGACUGUGUCCCGGCGUGUCACCCCCCCCCCACACACACACACACACACGCCUGUGAACCCUGUUUCGUCGUGCGUGUCACGGCUUAAAAAUAGAUGCUAAUCCGUCAAGUCGUCUCGCAGUGGCAGCCGCGCGGGCGGCUUCGGCGCCAGCAAGAGAGAGUCAUGGCCGUGGGGCUGCCUGCGCCUGCUAUCUGCCUCGGUCACUGAGACCCCGCGCCGCGCUCGCAGAGCAACAGCUACCUAGAGACGCGACCUGUCAUCACGGCCACCCUGCAGCUGCCCCGUUCCUGCCACUUUGAAGAUGUGCCCUGGAAACUGGCUCUGGGCCUCCAUGACUUUUAUGGCCCGCUUCUCCCGGAGUAGCUCCCGGUCUCCUGUCCGCACCAGAGGUGCCCUGGAGGAGAUGCCAAGCGUUCAACAUCCCUUCCUCAAUGUCUUUGAAUUGGAGAGGCUCCUCUACACAGGCAAGACAGCCUGUAACCAUGCCGACGAGGUCUGGCCAGGCCUCUACCUUGGAGAUCAGGACAUAGCUAACAACCGCCGUGAGCUCCGUCGCCUGGGUAUCACCCAUGUCCUCAAUGCGUCACACAGCAGGUGGCGAGGCACCCCGGAAGCCUAUGAAGGGCUGGGCAUCCGCUACUUGGGGGUCGAGGCGCACGAUUCACCAGCCUUUGACAUGAGCAUCCACUUCCAAACGGCCGCCGACUUCAUCCACCGGGCGCUGAGCCAGCCGGGAGGGAAGAUCCUGGUGCACUGUGCAGUGGGCGUGAGCCGAUCCGCCACCCUGGUGCUGGCCUACCUCAUGCUGUACCACCAUCUCACCCUCGUGCAGGCCAUCAAGAAAGUCAAGGAUCAACGAGGCAUCAUCCCCAACCGGGGCUUCCUGAGGCAGCUCCUGGCCCUGGACCGCAGGCUGCGGCAGGGGCUGGAGGCAUGAGGGAAGAAGAGAAGGAGGAAGAGGGUGGUCAGGCUAGACCAGACCAGGCCAGGCGCUGGGUCCCUGGCUCCCAGCUGGAGACAGGUGGUCCAGGUGGAGGGAGCAGAGGCCCCGAUUAGCCAUUCUCUCCUGUGGGAGAGCGAAAGGGCUGGAGUGAUACCAGGGCCCUGCUGCGAUUUGCUGGGAAGGGGUGGGGGUGCAGUUGGGUAGUGUGGUGAGCAGCUUCUUGACUAGGAAAGGAAGCAGCUGGGCUGUAGGUUGAAGCCAGUCCUGCAAUGCCAAUACCCCUAGAUUCCAGCGAGUGUGCCCCCAGUGAUUUCAGCCCUUCGCCUCUUUGUGCCCAAGUGUUCCUGCUCUCUCGCUUAUCAACGCAAAAGGACUGUCUCUGUCCUGUGCCAGUGCAGCAAAGUUGGGGUGUGGCAAGCCUGGAUGUGCCAGGGCAAAGCUGCGUGGGGAUGGUAGCAUAGAGGCAGACGGUGAGGAGAUGGUGUGAAAGCUGUGAAACUGGAGGGGAAAACCCACAGACGUGUUACUCCAAACACAGGAAGAGGAGGCGUGUAAGGGCUGGCACGGUGCCGGUGGAUGCUGGGUGUGGCCAGAAACUGCAGAGGUGCAUGACUGGGAGUCUUUGUAUGAUCAUUGCUGAAUGGACCCCAGUGUCUCAAGGAAAAAUAAAGAUCGUGAACAAAAAGUUCU